AACACAUUAACCUUGGUCAUUCAAUAUCAUAAAAUUCAUGUCAUUGGAAAAGGUGACUGUUAUUUAAUACUGGAUGAUUAACAAUUACAAGUGAUUCGAGGUCGCUGACCUAACCACGGAGUAUCCUUAUCAAUGGUUUCAGAUGAAACCAGACGUAAGAAACUAGAACGUCGCUGAAAACAACUAUAGUCCGAAUAGAAUGGAAAAAUAUGUAUUACAAAUAGCAUUUCAUGUUUUACUAGUGCUGGUUUUGGUUUUAAGAUGUGGCACAGUACCUGUCAGACUUCGGAGGCAGGUUCAAGACCUUCCACUCUUACAUGAGGACAUUGACCACGAUGAUUAUAGUACAGAUAACUCUGAUAACCCAAUAGUCGAUGAUGACACUUUACAUUUGUCUCCCCAUGAGGAAAGUCAUCUGCAAGGAAAUGUAGAUUAUGCAGACCAUCUCGAUACUAACAGAAAUUUUAGCAGUGAUCAUGCUGGGAUAUCGAGUGACACUGGAGCUGGUGAUAUUAUUCGUGACUUUGACUUUGAAAAUGAGCACGAUCAAAGAAAUAUACAACCUGGUAUUGACCAUGAUGGGCAUGUAAAUGAAAAUCCUCCAGGCAGCGAGUCCUAUGUUACUGGUCAUUUGCAUUUUCAAGGGCAAGGUAAUUUGCCAAGUUCAAGACAGAAUAACCGUAACCCAUCUUCAGUAAGUCAAGGUCAUGUAGAGGUGAUCAGUACAACUAAAGGAACAACGGAUAGUGAACAUUUAGUAAUAAAUGCAGUUGGAAGAUCAGUACAUGUUAAUAUGAGUACAUCAGAAGGACGACAAAAUCACCAUGGUUUCCUUAUGGGAGAAAAUGUUAAUGUAAAUACAUCGGAAGAACGACACCCACACCAUGGUUUCCUUAUGGGAGAUAAUAUACAAAAUGUUGAUAAUGAACACGGUGGAUUGAAUACAAACACCUUGACGUCUAGAUCUUUAACCAUACUGCACUCAAGAGCUCCAGCAACAACAACAACAACAACACCCGAACCAAUAGUUACUGUAAGACUUUCAAAUAUCUCUAGCCGUGAAUGGACUGAAAGUGCAGCACAGGAGCAUGUGCAUACUAACAUCAUAAUUGACAGAACUGAUCAAAACAUUGGCGGAAGAUCAGAUCAUGAUCUGGACAACGUAGACAGACCUGGACAGUCAUAUAAUGAUGGCAAAAAUAUGACAACUGAAAUACCUUUAACAGUUGAAGGACAGGUUGCUACGUUGCCAGGGGAACCAAAUGUACAAGGGCAAAACCAUGAGAAUGAGGAACAUUUAAGCGGUCAUGAAGAGACUGAAGGUCACGAACAUGACAUCGAUGUCCCAAUUGACAAAGGUGAUCAUCCACAUACGGGGAAUAAUGAAGAACAUAAUCAUCCAGGCCCUCCAAGACAUACAAAUAACCCAGUGGUGGGAACUAGAAGUCGUACAGAGAAUUUACCAGUCACUGAACCAAUUUUCACUACACCAAAACUGAUCAUACUUCCAACACCAUCAAACUUAGAACCAGACGAAAGAAAUACCUCAGCAAUAAUUCAAGAACCUCAGUCCUCUGUGAUUUUUCAGGGUGAUCGAAAUGAACAUACGGAAACAGAUCAUGAAGGUCAAGGUCAUCCAGGAGUACCUGGAGAAAGUGGUAUACAUGAAAAUACUGACCAUGAAAACCGUACAGAAGAAAGACAGUUUACGACCGGUGAAGGUCACAUUGAGUUUAUUACAGAAUUACCAGAAAUACAUGGAGAACCUGAAAUAAAACCACAUAAAAAUUUGCCCAAACAUACUGAUAAAAUAAAUGAGACUCCAUCGUUAAUAUCACCAUCCUCGCUUGUAUUCGAAUUUGAAAGUUUUACUUCAGAUAACGUAAGAUUUGUGUCGGAGUCGAGACCAACGGCAACAGAAGAGUAUCAUCCAGAAAGUUCUACAAUAUAUCAAUCCUUUUCUUCAUUCAGUGAGUCUGGAAUAUCAAGCAAUAAUCCAGAUGUAACAGAGGUUCCUGAAAACUUACAGUCUAGUACCUUAGGUCAAACUGACAUUGAUAAUUUAGAGACAACAUCAACAAUGACUUUUAACCCCUGCUCCCAAAGUGACUACCAGCUGUGUCAUACUGCCUCACCAUCAAACUCGGUCCCAGGUUAUAUGCUUCUUUCUUCACAUUCAAUUAUACCAGUUAAGCAGUCGGCUAUGGUCGAAAGUUCCACCCCAAGUUUAACAGACACAGCAUUAAUCGGCAUCGUGGGACCAAGUACAACAGUUCCAAAGCAAGUCGUUGCGUCAUCAAGUGUCACAGUCUCUACAAAAACUGCAGUUCCAGAACAAGUCAUUUCAUCAUCAAGUGUCACAUUUUCUACAACUGCAGCGAAUGAAAACACACCUAACUUACUAGAAAGUAGUGUAUCAGAGGUUAAAAGGAGUACAACUUCUAUUUUACCAACUCAAACUAUAGAUCAGUUAAGCGAAACUAGCAAGACAAUGCUUAGUACAGAAGUGAGGAAUGUUGGCACUUCAGUAACAUUGUUGACGGCUUCACCGAUUUCAGCAACACCUGCUUCUAGUGAAGUCCAUUAUUCCAGCACAGAGAAUUUUCUACUGACCUCAUCAGCAAAUGCUGCGCCAUUACAGCCAACAUUAGAGCUUACGUCACAGUCUCCCACUCCUGUAACCACGGUAACACAAACCAUUCCAGUAUCAGUGACAUUUCCAAUGUUGACUUCAAACCCAACCACCAAGAAGAAAGAAGAUCACAGUUCUACAACAACCCCUACUACUACAAGGCUGACAACUCAAAAGAAACCAGAUACUGAAAAAGAACCAGAAAAGCCAGAAAAUCGAAGUAGCAGUAUAAGCACCAGCGCUGUAAGCACCAGCGGUAGAACCAGCAGCAGUGUUUAUACCACCACAACAUCUCGGAUCAUCACAACUACACUGCCAUCAACAUCUCGGACGAUAACUACACAGGAAAUCAUGAAACAGUUUGAGGCAGAAAUUGAGAUCUCUACACCACCAUCAGUAUAUAUUGAGAUAGAGUUGAGGAUGGACUGGAGUCAGUUUUGUUUAUCAAAGUCGCAAUUUAUAUCGGAAAUCAGAGAGAUCAUGCGCUCUGAGAAAGGGAAUAUUGUUGACGAAGGACAGUUUAUAUUGUCCACAGUGGACUGCAGAAGUGCAAACAAUAUACUGCUGGAGGAAGAACAUUUAAAAAGUAUUACAAUUGAAAUGUACAUUGUUGGUACUGAUGGGAAAUUGGAUAUAUGGCUUACAACAGUAACUUCCUCUGUUAUAUCAAAGGGAUUUCAACAGUCAAAUUACCUAAAAGAUAAGAUCGUAUCAGUGCACACAGUUAAUAGGAAACAACCCGAAACUCUUCCUGAAUCCAAAUCCGACAGAAGGCAGGAACCAGCAAGUGUUGCCAUGGUGAUAGUGUUAGCAUCAAUGGGAGGAGUCUGCUGUGUGGCACUAGUUAUUCUCCAGGUUUUGAUACACAGACGGGUAAAAGCCAAACGAAAACAGCGCCAGUUUGUUGGACAAAGAGCAUCUCUACAGAGUAUGGAUCAUGUUGCGCUGGGUGUAAUCCCUAAGUCAAGGCCUAAUAGCGGGUACUGGAACCCCGCUCUAGAUGAUACUUUGGAACUGCCGGAACCUGAUGAACAUUCACAUCUACUGAAUUUUUCAGGAUUAGCAAAUUUCUGUAUGGACACUAAGGCCAUUUAUACAGAAUUUCAGACAAUUCCAUUUGACAAUGUAGAUUUGACAAGUGUCCCUAUUGGAGAAGAGGAUAAGAAUAGAUUCGCAAAUGUAUUGCCACAUAAGCACAGUAGAGUUAGUCUGAAGAAAACACAGGACAACAAGUCAGAUAUAUUAAUGCAAACUUAUGUAAGAUGUAACUAUUAUAAAGCUAGUUGUAAUCACUACAUAAAAGCAUGA